AUGUCUGCCAUUGGAUCCCUCGUUUUUUGCACAGAUUGUGGUAAUCUGCUUGACAGUUCCACCGGUAAUCAGAAUACCAUUCUGCUCUGCGAAUGUUGCAACGCUGAAAAUAAAGAUACUGCAUCGAAGACCAUUACAACGACCACAAAAGCGGCUUCAUUCCCUUCACUUUUACGACAAAAGCGAUCCGCAGUUCAGACCGUGGAAAGAAGCGACAUGGAGAAUUCGGUCAAGAUUGCGAUGGCUUGCGAAAUGUGUGGCCGGAAGGAGGUCAAAUACACUUCAGCACAAUUGCGAGGCGCAGAUGAAGGAAGUACUAUUUUCUUCCAAUGCGAUUGUGGUCACAGGUGGAACACGAACAAUUAA